UCAACAGACAGUCAUCUGCGCGUUUGACCUCCGCUCUCCCCUUUACUAUUCAACGGUGUGUAAUUUUACAAAUUCCUUUCAAUCGUGCACAAAAACUGAAGAAGUUCCGUCAACAUUACCCUAUACCCCCGCCGUGUUCAGUGACGAUGACGAUGGUAUUAUUUAUCUAGCUGCAGUGAAGCGACGACGUCAGUCAAGCGACCUCGAUAACAAGUCCAAAGUGGCUACAGUGCAGUGCAGGGUUAGUGGUAGUGAUUUAUCCAACAGGGCGUGAAAAAUGUCUUUGUAAGCCGCAGAAGUAGCUGAAACAAGUGUGAUUCAUUGUCGACUUUCUCCCUCCCAUUAUCCUAACUAAAGGGAAUUGGAGCAAUGGAUAAAAUGGAAGAGAUUAAGUACAAGGUGCUAGAUUUAAUCAAUAAAAAAAAAGACGUAAAAAUCCCCAAGAUGGGUUUUACAGAUUAUUACUCGCAUCAGCAGCAACACCAGCAGUCGCAACAAAAACAUUCCUCCAUACCGGGCAGUGGCAAAACAGCUGGUUCAUCUGGACGCAAUUCGACGGCUUCGACUUCCCAGUUGGAACUCUAUUGCCCGUUCGAUGAUGAUGGGAGUAAUCGUUCGAUCCACGAUGGAACGGAUGUGACAGAUACAAACAAAUUAUCCGACCAGGAAAUUCUUGAAUCUACUGAAGCGAUUUACUUCGAUGGUAGCAGCAACACUGGCCUUCACGAGCUUAAGAAACUGUCAGAAAAGGACCAGAUGCUUAAUUGUGCAAGUAUAGAACAGGCAAUGACCACGUUAAAACAACAGCACAAGGUCAUCUCGAAAAAAGUUUUGCAGUUAAUUCUGGAACAGCGGCCUGCAUGCAGUGCUGAGACCCAAAAAAUUCAAGAAACGGAAACUCUGCUGCACGAUACGAUAGAUAUAUGUCGAGCUGCUCGAACACAUCUGAAUAGUUCAAAGAAGCUACUGACUGCAACCAAUCUGGAAAUUUUGGCGGCAUACAAAAAGCGUCAAACACUUCUUAAUCUCCUCAAAACGUUAAAUGCGCUGAAAAGUAUGCGCUCGAUCGAUCAACGGCUUCAGAAGAAACUUUCCGAUGCGGACUACGGUGGAGCGAUUGCUAUACUGUUGGAAAACAAAAACCUCUCCGAGCGAUUCCAGCAGUAUAAAUGCGUUGAGUCGCUCGCAGCAAAGUUGCAGGACACACUUAUGACUAGUGAGAUUCAGCUGGAGGGCGUACUGAACGAAAUCCCGACUGGAUUCGAUGCCAAACGUUAUGCCAAGUUGCAAGAAGCGUAUAAGUUGCUAGAGAAGCAACUGCUGGCAAUGGACCAGCUGCAUAUGAAUUUCAUCUCCUCGAUUCACACGGCUGCCUUCACGGUGCUGAAGCAGCACAUGGAGGCCAGUUUGGAGCAGACCAAACUGACAUUCGAACAGAUGUGCGAAACGGUGCCGAGUGACAAAUACAUUCACUGUUUGACGGAUUUGUGUCGAGCGUUCUGGAAAAUUUUAGUUUCAUACUAUCAGGUUCGCUGUUGGCACCAGCAUCAAAAGCUCUAUGAGAAGGGACGCGAGGCACAACAGGCGAUCAACCAGGAUGGUAGUUUCCACGAGGAAUACAUCCAGCAAAAACUGGAAAGCGGACAGUUUCGGUUAUGGAAUGACGUCCAAGCUAAGAUUUGCGUGUUUAUUGGCACCACCAAGCUGAGCGCGCUGAAGUAUGAGUACUUUAUUCAAAUCUUGGCAAUUGUACAAAGGCUUAAGAAGGUCGGCAUUGAGUUUUGCGAUGAUCCGUCUGCCAAACUGAUGGAACAUAUGCAGCGGCAAAGUGUGGAUUUUUUUCGUCGUUAUCAUACCAGUUGUUUGGAGGAGAUUGGGCUGUUCCUUGAUCACGAAGUGUGGGUCCCUAUCGGUAGUUUUACUGACCUCAGCCAGUUGCAGGAAUACAAGAAUUUUAAGCAUGCAUUGCACAAAGGACAAAAUGGACUGCAGGCUCUUCGCACCGGCGGUAGAACUUCGAGUCAAGACAGUAAACCGAUAGAUACGCUUGCUCUUGCGGGCGCCGUACCGGCCAUAAACAGUACCUCCUCGAUGCACUCGCAGGACGAGAGCUCGCUGUACGGAUCAUGUGGGUAUUUUUUGCGCUUUACUGAAAUGAGUUCUCCCUUCGAUGGUGGAUUCGAUUGCACAAUGUUGGAGGAAGAUAUUCUGGCAGGAAUUGCGGACGAAUCAUCCUAUUACUAUUCGGAGGACAGCAGUGAUAACAAUGAGAACGAAAUCGAUGGGAGUCCUGAGGCUAAGAAAGUGCCCAAAUCGUCACCCACGAUUCCGCCAACCCGUGGCCUAACAGUCACUAACUCCUCCCUAACCGUACUUCGUUGCAUUGGUCGUUAUUUAUAUUUCUGUAAGCUGUUGCAUGCGAUCGCGCCACAUAUUGUCCUAUCCAUGACCGAACUAAUCGACUUCUAUUUGUAUGCGGUUCAUGAAAUCUUUUCCCGGGAUUUACCGGUCCCGAGGGAUAACCUUUAUUCUGCUGUGUUGAAACGCAUACUGUCUCGCAUCGAAUCCAGCAUCGUGCCCAAGCUUCGCAAAUGGCCUCCGUCGGAUGAGAUGAUUGCUUCCGAUUUGUCCGAUCCGGACGCUAUGUUCGGGCUGCAGAAGCGAAUUGUCGCUGCCGAGAGCUGUCUCGGGUUGAUUGGACAAUUCCGCCUGCUGGAAGAUUAUCUAGGUGGAGUGCUACAGGGGACGGACGCGACGGCACACGAAAGAUUCCGACAGUAUGUGACCGAUAUAGUUCAAGCGGCACCCGACGUUAGGAAACCGAUUUUCAUGUGCGUCACGGCACGCGUCAUAGAUUUGCAAGUCGUUCUGCAAGCGAUGACCAAAGUCAAGUGGGACAUCAACCACGUGAAUGUGCAGCACAGUUCGUACAUCGAUAUAAUGAACAGGGGGGUGCAGCAUUUUGCUAUGCGUCUAGAAGACCUGUCUGCCCAGCAGAUGGCCGUUCCAAAGGAAGCUUUGUGGGAUUGUUUUGCCCACGUGCUUACGCACCUACUAGUGGAAGGCUUUUCCGGUGCGAAAAAGUGCACCCCGGGUGGCCGCGCGCUGAUGCAGCUAGACUUCACCCAUUUCAUCUCGAUCCUGGAGAUUAUCGCCGGUGGCAAGUACCCGGAGCACCGAGCCUACGUCGAACAGUACAUCAAAGCGUACUACCAACCGAAGGAUCUGCUGGAACAAUGGUUGAUGGAGGGACACUCCCGGGGCUACUCCACGAAGCACCUGACCACGCUGGUGCAGUGCGCCUGCAAUACCGACAAAAAGCUGCGACAAAGGCUACUGGCACUGGUGGAAGCGGCCGGCAGCGGUGAAAGCAAUGGCAUUCAACGGGAUGAUCUGAACAAAGAAUCUUAAGUAUUAUUUAGCUGUUAGUCGUCACUUUCUCUCUCUAUCCUUUCUGUGUUAUGACUCUAGCGUCAGCUGGGCGUAAUUUAUUAUCUCUUUAGCGGGAAUCUAAAAGCAACAUAAAAGACAUAAUCUCUAGUGUAAUAUUUGUUUUAUUUGCAAUAUAUUUUCUGAGUUUAUUUUAUUUAACAGAACGAAACUAUGUACAUUAAAAAUAUAGUAAAGAAGUCAGUGGAUAACAAAGCA